AUGUCUUCUAGUGCCAUCAUGUCCUCUCGUGUCAGUGAAUUCAAAAUGAUUGUUUUUGACAAAGACGGGACACUGGGAAAUGACAAAGGUACACACAAACGAUGGGUUCAACACAUGACACGGCAUUUAGAAAUGGAGCUUGAUUCAUUGUGCACGAUGCCAUCAUCGUCUGACGUCGCACAGCUGUCCAAAGAGGACAUUCCUACUUUGAUUGAAUCCUUCCAUGCGGCACUUGGAUUCCGUUCGACGACUUCAAAAGGUGAUGGCGGCGGGAUUCUGCUGCCGUCCGCACCUGUGACAUCUGGUACAUGGGCAUCGAUUUUGACAAUUUGUGCCCAUCAACUUCAGUCCAUGGGGGUCCAAGAUGCCUCCCAAAAAGUAAGGCAGUGGCACAACUCUAUAAAAGGAGCGUUGCAUGCGCAAGACCGACCUCUGAUUGAUGAUUUACCAUCACUCAUGGUCAAACUAAAGAAAACUUAUGGAUUCCACAUAGCCAUUUGUACCUCUGACGAUCGAUCAUCCACGGAUAUUUGCGUGGAGAACUGGAACUUGACCGACGUUAUUGAUUAUUCGAUCUGUGGAGAUGAAGUUUCGAAUGGGAAGCCGAGCGGCGAUCCUUUACUAGCACUAUGCAAUCAAGCUGCAAUGCAGCCUUUUGAAUGCAUUGUCGUCGGUGAUACAACGUCGGAUACGGGCAUGGCAAAAAACGCGGGUGCUGGAUUGAUGAUCGGAGUAUUAUCAGGGAGUGGGACGAAGCAACAGCUACUGGCCUCUGGUGCGAUUGUCGCAUUGGAAGAUGUUGGACGAAUACCGGAGUACCUCGAGUCUCAAGUAUAUACUCAACAAGUAACUACAAUUGGUCACUGCGCUGCGACAAAUUUUGAUUGA